GGUGAGGGAACCAUUGAUUCGCUUCAUUUCCCGCUCCAACCCACCUCCUCUCUCUCAAAUCUUUGUCGUCUUGAGCCCUCCUCCUCCUUUGCUUCGUCCGAUUUGCAGGGUUUGUCUUCUUCCCGACAAUCUUGAAGUAGAUGGGUACGACGCGAUUCGGUACAUGAAGUACGGGGUACUGCCGUCUCCGUUUCCGUGCACGCAGCUUCGCAUGCGGCGGGCUUAUCCCCACAAGAUGGCUGCUUUUAGUGCUCUCUCCCCCUGUCCCUACAUGCCCACUUGCCCCAAGAACAAGAGCCCUGGCAAGACCUCUGUUUCUUGCUCUGUUGCUGGUACGCAUGGGUCUAAAAUUCCAAGCAAGAAGUCUGGAAGAAUGGAAGGAGCUGGAAAAAGUAUGGAAGAUUCUGUUAAGCGCAAGAUGGAGCAAUUUUAUGAAGGUUCUAAUGGCCCACCACUCCGUGUUCUUCCGAUUGGUGGGUUGGGUGAAAUUGGGAUGAAUUGUAUGCUUGUUGGGAACUUCGAUCGGUAUAUCUUGAUUGAUGCUGGUGUCAUGUUUCCAGACUACGAUGAACUUGGAGUGCAAAAAAUCAUCCCCGACACCACAUUUAUUAGGAGAUGGAGCCACAAAAUUGAAGCAGUUGUUAUAACUCAUGGCCAUGAAGAUCACAUUGGUGCGUUGCCUUGGGUGAUCCCAGCGCUGGACUCUCGCACACCGAUAUUUGCUUCAUCCUUUACUAUGGAGCUUAUAAAGAAGCGUUUGAAGGAGAAUGGGAUUUUUGUUCCAUCGAGGUUGAAGAUAUUUAGAGCAAAGAAGAAGUUUGUGGCAGGGCCUUUUGAGAUAGAGCCUAUAACGGUUACCCAUUCUAUCCCCGAUUGUUGUGGGUUAGUACUUCGCUGUGCAGAUGGUACAAUUUUCCAUACUGGAGACUGGAAAAUCGACGAAUCACCAUUGGAUGGGAACGUCUUUGACCGUGAAUCUCUGGAACAGCUCGCCAAGGAAGGUGUCACGCUGAUGAUGAGCGACUCUACAAAUGUGCUUGCACCUGGGAGGACGACAAGCGAGACUUCUGUUGCAGAUGCAUUAUUGAGACAUAUUUCUGCUGCUAAAGGGAGGGUUGUUACUACUCAGUUUGCCUCAAACAUACACAGGCUUGGAAGUGUAAAAGCUGCUGCAGAUUUAAUGGGUAGAAAGAUGGUCCUUGUUGGCAUGUCGCUGAGGACAUAUCUGGAUGCAGCUUGGAAGGAUGGGAAGGCAUCAAUUGAUCCAUCAACACUGAUUAAAGUGGAAGAUAUUGAUGCAUAUGCUCCAAAGGAUCUUCUAAUUGUCACAACGGGCUCCCAAGCAGAACCACGAGCUGCCCUGAACCUUGCUUCUUAUGGAAGUAGUCAUUCCCUCAAAUUGAACAAGGAAGACAUGAUACUAUAUUCCGCUAAGGUGAUUCCUGGUAACGAAUCGCGAGUGAUGAAAAUGAUGAACCGCUUAGCAGAUAUUGGGUCAACUGUGGUAAUGGGUAGGAAUUCGGGGCUGCAUACAUCUGGUCAUGGAUAUCGGGAAGAAUUGGAUGAAGUGCUGAAGAUUGUGAAGCCCCAACAUUUUGUUCCUAUACAUGGAGAACUCUUGUUCUUGAAGGAACAUGAAUUGCUUGGCAAAUCAACGGGUAUACGACACACAACUGUCAUAAAAAAUGGAGAGAUGCUGGGGGUUUCUCAUUUGAGGAACAGAAGAGUCCUGUCUAAUGGUUUUAUCUCCCUUGGGAAGGAGAAUUUACAGUUGAUGUAUAGUGAUGGUGAUAAAGCAUUUGGUACGUCAACUGAGCUUUGCGUAGACGAGAGACUAAGGAUUGCUUCUGAUGGCAUUGUUGUGGUCAGCAUGGAAAUUCUGAGGCCUCAGAGUGUAGAUGGUGUGGUGGAAGGAAGUUUAAAAGGAAAGAUACGAAUUACUACUCGUUGCUUGUGGCUUGACAAGGGGAAGCUCUUGGAUGCGCUUCAUAAAGCUGCCCAUGCUGCGCUUUCUAGCUGUCCUGUUAACUGUCCCCUGUCCCACAUGGAAAGAACUGUGUCUGAAGUUCUGAGGAAGAUGGUGCGAAAAUACAGUGGUAAAAGGCCCGAAGUGAUUGCCAUUGCUGCAGAAAAUCCAGAUGCAGUCCUCUCUCAUGAGAUUGAAAAUAGGUUAUCUGGAAAGUCACAUGUCACCUUUGGGAUGUCUGCACUUAAGAAAAUGGUUGGUGGUAGUCCGAAGAAAACAAAAUCAAGCAAGAGGCAACUGGAAGAUGGCAAUGGCCACCAUUAUUCAGAGAAAUAUUCAGAGCGGAGUUCUGAAGGUGAGGACAUUGAAGACAAAAGGUUUUUGCCUGAGGAAAACACUCCUACUACAAGUUCAGACUUAUCAGAAACACAAACUGCGUCUUCCAGCACUAAUGAUGGGGAUGAUUUUUGGAAAUCAUGUCUUACUUCAUCUCCUGUGGAUAAAUUGACAAGAGAUGUCAACGGUUUCUUCCAAAUAAAUGACGCUGAGUUGGAGUCCACAGAAGAUGGAACUGAGAGUAAUGGUGAGGACUCCUUGCAAAUGUCAACUACUCAGGCAAAACCUUCCAAGCCUCUGAAAAGGAACAAAUGGAAACCCGAGGAGAUUAAGAAGUUGAUUAAAUCGCGUGGACAGUUGCACAGCAAAUUUCAAGUUGUGAAGGGCAGAAUGGCCCUCUGGGAGGAGAUAUCGACAAACUUAUUAGGAGAUGGAAUUGGCCGUAGUCCAGCACAGUGCAAAUCUCUAUGGACCUCUUUAGUUCAGAAAUACGAGGAAAGCAAAAGCGGGGAUAAAAGCAGAAAAAGUUGGCCAUACUUUGAGGAGAUGGAUGAAAUUUUAUCUGACAUUGAGGCACCAGCAUCAAAAUAAUAUUUUCCCCCUUUGCCUUUUCAAGAUGAGAAACUACAAGCACCUAGAAAAGUCCCUUGGCGGUGAGAUUUUGGGGCAGAAGCUUGGGCGAAUACGGAAGGUUACCAAUGGAGAUGACCUAAGCUGUGAUUUGGUGCACAUAUCAUGAUUUUUCAUGCUCCUGCCAUCAGGUACAGGAGGUUUUCAGUAGUUUGUUGGGAUCAGAUAGAGGAUAUCCAUCAUUUCCUUGUCUAUUAUGGGGCCUCAAUGAAGUUGGACAGUGAGAUAUAUAUUUGCAAGUGAAUUCACUUGUUCA